CUGAAUCCUGAGACUGAACUCGACACACAUGACGCUCCUUGGUGGAGGUCUUCUGUAACUUCUGGAGCCUACUACAAGGUUCAAGGUCCAUAGCGGCGGAGGUGAAGCAAAGGGAGGUGGUGUUGUUCCUCCAGGCAUUUAAAGAACAGCCUUGAGAAGGCCAACCAUGUCAGAGGAGACCAUGCCUGCCUCCAAGAAUCGGGCAGCCAUGGAUAUAACUCAUCUCGGUCUGCCGAAUCGUCACGUCGACGUCGAUGGGCUUCUUACAGCAAGAAACUCCGUGGACUUCACGACAGUGUUCGUUGACCCCAAAUCACAAAGGGCCGGCGGGCUUGAUGCCCAUGAUCGUACUCCCAGAACUGGAACAAUGUGGACAGCGACAGCUCAUGUCAUCACAGCCGUCAUCGGCUCGGGGGUUUUGUCAUUGGCAUGGGCAAUUUCUCAAAUGGGGUGGAUUGCAGGUCCCUUGGUGCUGCUAGCAUUUGGUGGAAUCACCUACUAUACAUCAGUCAUGCUUGCCGAUAGCUAUCGCUUCCCUCAUCCUGAGACAGGAAAGAGGAACCCAACGUACAUGGCUGCAGUCAAGGCAAGCUUAGGAUCUAGAGAGGUCAAAGCUUGUGGAAUUCUGCAGUACAUGUCGCUGUUUGGAACUUGUGUCGGGUACACUAUAACGACAUCACACAGCCUCGAAGCAAUUUUUCGGGCAGGAUGCUAUCACGCCGAAGGACAUGAUGCAGAAUGCAAAACAUCACUCAGCUAUUACAUGUUGGGUUUUGGUGCCACAGAACUAAUUUUCUCUCAAAUACCCAACUUUGAUAAGAUGUCCUGGUUAUCGAUAGUUGCAGCAGUGAUGUCCAUAAGCUACUCCGGAAUCGGACUCGGACUCGGGAUUGCCAAAGCUGCUGAGCAUGGGCCUCGUGGGACACUCGGUGGAUUGGACAUAGGCCGAGGACCAGGGGAAGUGGCAUUGAUCGAAAAGCUUCUGUCUGUCGCAAAUGCUUUGGGAAACAUGGCCUUUGCCUACUCUUUCUCUACAAUCUUAAUAACGAUACAAGACACGCUAAAAAGUUCUCCUCCUGAGAACAAGAUCAUGAAGAAAGCAACUCUGAUCGGUAUCACAACGACAACAUUGUUUUACAUUUCUGUUGGAUGCGCUGGAUAUGCUGCUUUCGGGAACGAGGCGCCUGGAGACCUGCUCACGGAUUUCGGAUUCUACGAACCGUGGUGGCUAGUCGACUUUGCAAAUGCUUGUCUUGUCGUGCAUCUUAUCGGGGCGUACCAAGUUUUUGCGCAGCCAGUCUUCGCAUUCGUCGAGGGCUGGAUCACCAAGAGACGACCGGAUAGUCAUUUUAUUCAUAAGAAUUUUGACCUCGUUCUGCCAUGGGGAUCUACGUACCAUUUGAAUCUGUUUCGACUCACGUGGAGGUCGGGCUAUGUGGCCGUGACCACGCUGUUGGCCAUAUUGUUGCCGUUUUUCAACGCAAUUAUGGGACUUCUGGGCGCGAUAGGAUUUUGGCCUCUCACUAUCUACUUUCCGAUUCAGAUGUACAAGAAGCAAGCUGCCAUCAAUUUCGGUUCCAAGAAAUGGUACAUGCUUAAUGCAGUAAGUGCCAUCUGCUUACUGGUGACUUUGGCUGCCGCGGUAGCUUCGAUUCAAAGCAUAAUCCAGAAGAGCAAGGAAUAUAAACCCUUCUCCUCCUGACGAGAAAUUAGGGAAGAAGCGAUGAUUUAGGAGUUACGUGCUAGCAAAUACCUUAAUCGAUUCAGAGCUUUUAAACGUCGUCUACGUUGGAUACCAUGACAAGUUUACGAGUGCAAUACAUUUUCUCUUAUCGUGUGGCUGCAAGGUUGAAAGUCUUUUUGCAGGCCCAGGCUGCUUCUUAAAUAUACAGAAAAAAU